AUGAACAUUGUCUCAACAUUGCGCAGUGUCCAACCACUGCACCUGGCUCGUAACUCACCGCUCCUCCCCAUUCCAAAGCAUGUGCGGCACCGUUUCUGGACCUUAGUCCGAGAACUCAAGGUCGACAACACCGCGCGGCCGCCCUACAGCCAGAAGGCGGCUGAUAAGAUCCGCCAUCUCCUGGAGGAAUGGGGGCUCGCCGAGACGCUGCUGCUGGACUUCGAGCUGCUGCUACAUGUCUCCGAGGAGCGGGCACAGAAACACAGGGAGGAGCUUGGGCAGAGGGAAGACGUCCAAUUCAGAGAUGACCCAGACCAGAGCGGUCUGAAGGGCUAA